AUGCACACAAGGCGUAGUGGCAGUAGAAAAUCCAAGGGAGAACCAUCUUCAAACGAUGGUUCACCGUCCAUCAACCCCAAUGGAAUUCAACAACCAUCACAACCACCACAAUUUUCGCCGCAACAGCAGCCACCACCACAAACUCCGCUACAUCAGGCACCAGCACAAUUUUCGCCGCAACAGCAGCCACCACCACAAACUCCGCUAAAUCAGGCACCAGCACAGAUUCCGCUGCAACAGCAACCGUCACAGUUUCCACCGCAACAACCGUCACAGUUUCCACCGCAACAGCAACCGUCACACUUUUCACCGCCACAGCAACCGUCACAGUUUUCACUGCAACAGCAAUCGUUGCAGUAUGCAGUGCAACAGCAAGCGUCACAGUUUCCUCCGCAACAGGAACCAUCACAGUUGCAACUGUCACAGUUUCUACCGCCACAGCAACAAUCGCACUUUCCUCCACCACAGCAACCAUCGCAAUUUCCACCGCAACAGUCACAGUUUUCACCGCAACAGCAACCGUUACAGUUUCCACUGCACCAGCAACCGUUGCAGUAUGCAGUGCAAAAGCAACCGUCGCACUUUCCGUUGCAACAGGAUGCGACACAGAUUCCACUGCAACAGCAACCGUUACAGUAUCCAAUGCAACAGCAGUCGUCGCACUUAUCAAAAUAUCAGCAAACGUCGCAACAAAUGGGAUAG